AUGGGCUGGCAUCCAGAGACUGCAAUCAAUGCAUAUCUUGAUACAAUAAAGAUGAGGACGGAGAGAAAAUCCACAUUCUUGGAGAUUACUGAACCCCAGAGCAGCGAGUUCAUAUCAGCUUUGGCAGCGGGAAUGAAUGCACAGAAUAUUAUAGAAGUGUGCUCUUGUGCAGCAGCCUCCACUGUUGCGCUUGCAAAUGCUGCUCACCACACUGGGGGCCAUCUAGUCUGCAUUUUACCGGAGGAUGAAACCCUAACAGAGCUGCAGAAGACUAUAAAGGAACUGGGCUUGGAAGAUACUACAGAAUUUGUAAGAGGAGAUGCCCAACAUCUACUUCCCAUUUACAAAGAUAUAGAUUUUGCUGUUAUUGACUGCAAUACAAAAGACUAUGGAGGACUAUUUCAGCACUUGAAUGUAAAUCCCACUCGGGCUGUUGUGAUUGCUCAUAAAUUAUUUGAUAGAAAAGCCAACUUUGCGUUUCCGGAGGGCUUUAAGAGGAAGCUGGGAGCCCAAUCUACCACCCUCCCCAUCGGCAAAGGCAUAGAGAUCACCAGAAUCGGCAAUGCUAUUAUUCACAAAUGUACUUCGACAAAGACCAAGAUUCCAUAAGAGGCCUGCCAAAUGAAUGUAGUAAAAGAUUUGCAAUAUGUUUGUAUUUGGUGACAUAAUUGUAGAGAAGAGUCACCCCUUAUGCUCUCAUGUAAAUAUUGUAAUAUGUGCAUAGCUUCACACAUCACUUGUAAUAUCUUCUCAGGUAGAUUGUUGUAAAUUCCAGAUUUGCUUACUGUUUGAAGUCUUUCAACUAUUUUUUUGGUUGAGGGACUUGUAAGAAUAAGAAAAAGUGUCCGUAUACAUAAAAAGGUAGAUGUAUUAAAAGGUUGCAAGGAUUGUUUGCAGUGACAGGUUUCUUUAUUCAGAAGAAAUGCAAGCUGUCACAAGCGAGGA